CCAGUUGACUUGAUUUUUAACCUCACUCUAUCCUUUAUCCUUUCCUCCAUUGAAGAAAAGAGAAAUUGCAGAAAUGAAGGAGACUGGAGAGAUUGAAAGAGAUGGGGAGGAGAUCGAGAAGAAAGAUGAUGAUCAUGAUCACCUUCAAGUUUCAAAGAGGCUGCAACCAUGGACAAAACAGAUCACAAUUCGAGGAGUUAUUGCAAGCAUUAUUUUAGGGAGCAUUUACACUGUUAUAGCCAUGAAAUUGAAUCUCACAACUGGGAUGACUCCUAAUCUGAAUGUCUCAGCUGCACUUCUUGGUUUUGUGUACAUGAAAACUUGGACGAAGAUUCUUCAGAAAUCUGGGAUUUCCACCGUUCCCUUUACCAGGCACGAGAACACGAUGAUUCAGACAUGUUCAGUUGCUUCUUACACCAUUGCCAUCGGAGGUGGAUUUGGGUCUUACUUAUUGGCUCUGAACAAGAAGACAUAUGAGAUGGCAGGAGGUGCAAAUUCUCCAGGGACAUACAAAGAACUUCGUAUUGGUUGGAUGACGGGUUACUCUUUCUUAAUCUGUUUUGCUGGUCUUUUUGUACUGAUUCCACUUCGAAAGAUCUUGAUUGUUGACUAUAAGCUAAUAUUCCCAAGUGGCAUGGCCACAGCUGUUCUUAUCAAUGGAUUUCAUAGUCAGGGAGACGUGAUGGCAAAGAAGCAAAUCAAGGGGUUUGCCAAGUUCUUUUCAGUCAGUUUCUUGUGGGCAAUCUUUCAGUGGUUUUUCACUGGAAAAGGAGAAUGUGGAUUUGCUCAAUUCCCUACUUUCGGAUUGGAAGCUUAUAAGAACACAUUUUACUUUGAUUUUAGCAUGACGUAUGUGGGAACUGGGAUGAUUUGCCCUCACAUUGUGAGCUUUUCUUUGCUGUUUGGAGCUGUGAUAUCAUGGGGUAUAAUGUGGCCACUUAUUGAAAAACAGAAGGGAGAAUGGUUCCCUUCUAAUGUGCCAGCAAGCAGUAUGGAAAGUCUCAAUGGUUACAAGGUUUUUAUCUCAAUUGCUCUCCUCCUUGGUGAUGGACUCUACAACUUCAUCAAGAUACUAUAUUUCACAUAUGCAAGUAUCUAUGGAAGAUUGAAAAGGGAAAACCUUAAUUUAGCUAUAGGUGGCAAGAACGAAGUUACAGAGGAGGAACGACAACAAAAUGAAGUUUUCAUCCGAGAAGCCAUACCCAUGUGGGUUGGAAUGGUUGGAUACACUUCAUUCGCCAUUCUCAAUGCGUUUGUGAUACCCUUGAUAUUUCUGGAGGUUAAAUGGUACUACGUGAUUAUAGCCUACAUUAUUGCUCCAUCGUUAGCCUUCUGCAACGCUUAUGGAACCGGGUUGACAGACUGGGACAUGGCCUAUAAUUACGGGAAAAUUGGGCUCUUUAUGAUGGCGGCAUUGGCCGGAAAACACCAUGGAGUGGUGGCUGGAUUGGUUGGUUGUGGGCUUAUUAAGUCGGUUCUCUAUGUUUCUAGCACAUUGAUGCACGACCUGAAAACCGGCCAUCUCACACUAACUUCACCUAGAACAAUGCUUAUCAGCCAAGCCAUUGGCACUGCCAUAGGCUGUAUCGUAUCACCUCUCACUCUCUCUCUAUUCCUCAAAGCGUUCGAUGUAGGUAACCCUGAUGGAGAAUAUAAAGCACCUUUCGCAAUAGUCUUUAGAAACAUGGCGAUUAUUGGGGUUCAGGGUUUUUCCGCUUUGCCAAAGCAUUGCUUAGAUCUAUGCUACGGAUUCUUUGCAUUUGCCGUGGGAAUCAACAUAGUGAAAGAUCUGUUGCCAACGAAGAUAGGGAAAUGGAUGCCGUUGCCUAUAUGCAUGGCCGUGCCUUUCUUGGUUGGUGGGUAUUUCAGUAUUGAUAUGUGUGUCGGAAGCUUGGUUGUGUUGGUAUGGCAAAAACUCGAUGUCAAGAAGGCCGAGUUGAUGGCUACCUCAGUGGCUUCGGGUUUGAUCUGUGGCGAAGGUUUGUGGAUCCUUCCGGCCGCGGUUCUUUCUUUGGCAAGAAUAAAGCCUCCUAUAUGUAUGAAGUUUUUGAGUUCUUAAAGGGAACCAUGUCUAUGAGAUCAACUGUGGUAUAUGUAUGCAGAACUGCAAGGUGAGUGAUUACUGAGAAAUCACAGAUACUCCUAUAUUUACAUUAUAGACCUUCAUCUUUUCCCCUUUUACAUUCACAACUAAUUUUAAUUGUGUUAUGAUAAUAAUAAGGUUUUUAAUC